CAGCCCUCCAAGCUGGGGGUGAGGGUGGGUGGAAGGACGGUGGGUGGGUGGGACCCCGAGAGAGGAGAGGGAGCCCCAGAAGUGGCAGUGCCAGAGAUGUCCAAUAGGCAGGAGGAUCGCUGGGAGUUCGAAGCCAACCUGAGCUGCAUAGUGAGCUCGAGGCCAGCCUGAACUACAGAGUGAGACCCUGUCUUGGAGAAUAGAAAAAAAGAGGAAAAAAUAGACUUUGAACUGUUGAGGUGAAAGAAGAGAGUCUAACUUUUGGAUCAAGCAUUAUUGUUUUAGCAUCCCCACUCUGUCACUUAGCCCCAGUGUCUGGGUUCCCUGCUAAGUGGGGUGACCAGCUCUCUGCACAUCAGGCAGGCUCCUGUCAGUAGGGUCUGUGCCUUGAGCGCUUGGUCCUUCGAAGAACCUGGCCUUAGGGAGGUCCCCUCGCCAAAGGUCACACAGCCCGGAGUUUGGAGCCUGGACUGGAAUCAGGAAACUGCUUCCCUGUGAUGAUACCGAACAUCUGUAAUCCCAACACUCUGGCAGGCUGAGGCAGGAAGACCACAAGUUUGAACCCAGCCUGGGCAACUUAGUGACUCAGUGAGAACCUGUCUCAAAAUAAAAACAGCAGGGGAUAUAGCUCAAUGUGAAGGCCCUGGGUUCAAUCCCCAGCAACACACACACACAUGAAAAGAAAAGAAAAAGAAAGUCCAUUUUUAUCUCUCUGACGUUGUAAUGCGAGUUGUUUUCUUUCUGGGUGGCUCAUACAAUAACAGUGGCCUCCAUGGUCCCUUGGUUUGAUGAGCUAGGACAGAGCAGGAUCCCUUGGUGACUUUCCUGGGUGUCUCUUCCACGGGCUCCUCUCUGCCCCAACUGCCCUGUCAAACUGGAGUCCUGUCCUCCUCCAGGGGGACAAGGAGCUCCACGCCCUGCAACACCAGCGAGGUCAUGUGGGACUUCGACCCUGAGGACCCGAACUUGAUCGACGAGACCCUGAGGCUCAAGUACCUGGGGCCACGGUGGACGGAACUGUUUGUGCCUGUCUGUGCCGCGCACCUGCUCGUCUUCGCGGUGGGCACCGUGGGCGACGUGCUGACCUGUGUGGUCAUCCUGGGCUGCAGGGCCAUGCGCACCCUCACCAACCUCUACCUGCUCAGCCUGGCUGCGUCCGACUUGCUGGGUCUGCUGCCGGGGCUGCCCCUGGAGCUUUACGAGCUGGGGCACAGCUACCCCUUCCUGCUGGGCUGCGCUGGCUGCUACUUCCGAACGCUGCCCUUCGGCACAGUCUGCCUGUCCCCCGUGCUCAAUGUCACCUCCCUGAGCGUGGAGCACUAGGUGGCCAUGGUGCACUCGCUGCAUGCCAGGUCCUGGGUGACGCGGGCCAACGUGCGCUGUGUGCUUGUGGUCAUCUGGGGCCUCGCCAUGCUCUGCUCGGUGCCCAACACCAGCCUGCACAGCCUGCAGCAGCUGCAGGAGCCCUGCGGGGGCCUGGGGCCCCACUCGGCCGUGCACACCCCCAUGGUGUGGGGCACGGCACUGCUCUUCUGCCUGCCCAGGGGCGCCAUCAGCGUGCUCUACCUGCGCAAUGGGCCCCGGCUGCUGUUCACGGGCUGGGGUGCAGCGGGCACCAGGGCCCGCACCGCCUGCCAACCCCAGCUGUGGGACAGCAGCCACAUGCAGGUGACCAAGAUGCUGUUUGUCCUGGUAGCGGUGUUUGGCGUCUGCUGGGCCCCGUUCCACGCCGACCGCCUCAUGUGGAGCUUCGUGUCGCAGUAGACGGAGGGCCUGCCGCUGCCCUUCCUGUACGCGCACAUCGUGUCGGGCAUCUUCUACCUCAGCUUGGCUGCCAACCCGGUGCGCCAUAGCCUCCUGUUCAGCCACUUCCGGGAGAACUUCCUCAAGGCCCUGGGCCUGGGCUUUCGGGGCCGCUGCCCAGGCCGCCACCUCUCCUACAGCCUCGGCAGCGGCCUGUGCGACCUGGGCUGGGAACGGGGAGCCCCAGCCCUCCUGAGAGGAGUCCCGAAGCAGCACCGCCCUGAGGUUCACUCUCGGCCUGGGGCUGCCCGCCCUCCUCUGCGGGGACGCCCUCGGGGCCUGGCCCAGCUCAGCCUAGAGACUGUGACUGGCACCUCCCCCCACCAGUCGCCCCUGCAGAACCUGGUGCUGGCAGGACCGCUGGUGGCAGACGACCUGGGCACCCUGGGGACCCCGCUGCCACCGCCUGGCCUCGGGGCACCCAGUGUCACCCCACCUUUCUAG